CAGCUUCAACGCCAAGUUGCAUGUAAUAUAGUGUUGCCUUCGAAUAUAUAUUUUACAUAAAUUAUAUAAUACUUACUAACAGAACACCUGUUACUAUGUCACAUAAUCUGCUUAAAAUCUGCGCUUCUCUGUUUGUGUUGUUUGCAUGUUUGCAAGAAAUUAUAGCCCAAAGAACGGUAUGUGGGCCGGCAAUUGAUGCUGUGCUCGAUACUAUUUGCGAAAAUGGAUUCAAUACGAAAUUCAAGAGAUCAAUGGGAUGGAAUGAUUUUGGCGACAAUGACGUUGAAGAUGGGCUACCAUCACACUAUGCGUCCUCGCCUUUCCUAGCUAAGAUUCAUGGCGGCCAAGUUGACACAUUGGCCAAGACUCGUCGUCGCCGUGAAGGUGUAUACGACGAAUGUUGCCGCAAGCCCUGUACCUACAACGAGCUUUACUCAUAUUGCAUGUAAACGCUUUUAUCACAGUAAUAACGGUUAUAAAAAUAGAACGACUGGCGAUUUGACGAAGUUUGGAAUAUUGUUACUAUUAGCUAAUUUAGAAAUGUUUUUUGUUAUU